AGCAGCAGCCGGCAGUAUCUCCCGGUCAGUUGCAAUCCAACGAUUCCAGCAAUCAGUUCGUUCGUCCUGCUGGACUCCGUUCCGUCGUCGUAGGACAAUAUCCGCGCCGCGCAUUCUUGUCUUAGAGAUCGUCACACCAUCCGAACCAUCACGUUUCGGACUGCGGUUUGUGCGACUUGGAAAGGUCAUCUUUCAAUUUCGUAACCGCGGUGGCGGCGUGGUUCCACGUCAAGUGCGUCGCGCGGCUAGUUCGGCGGCUGGUCAAGUGUGUGGGAGUUAUUUUCGACCGCGAAAUCUUUUUUUGGUCGUUCUUGUACGGCUUCCAUCAGUCAUCUCUUCCGUGCUACACAUCUCGCCCACCCCCCGUUGUAGCAAAUCAAUCGGCAGCGCGACAAUAGCUAGUCGCUGUCAAUCGAUCCUUGCGGUGUGGUGGAAAAGUCUUGACCCACGACGGUCGCUUUUGCCGGCUCGUGGAAAACAGUUUUCCGCGAGUUGUUCGGUCGAUCGCACGUAGGUGCUCGAUUUGGGGGUCUCGGUGUGGUACUGGACGGUGUGGUCAGGUGUGCAAGUUUGGAUUAAGUUGAAUCAAGUAGGAUGAUUCCUAGGAGGCUACUGGGUGCUACAGGGCUAGUUCGCCAACUGGGCGAAAGUUGCCCCACCACGGUCGCAGCGGUAGCUUCACAACAACAGCAGAAGCAGCAGUUUCAACUGACCAGACACUAUUCCGGCGCGGGAGGAAAUAAGGGCAGUCCAAAAAUUUUGAUUACAGGUGGCCUGGGCCAACUGGGGACGGAAUGCGCCAAACUGCUCCGAAGCACCUACGGCGAGGAAAGCGUCAUCCUGUCCGACAUCAUCAAACCGAGCCAGCAAAUUGCCAACAGCGGUCCGUACAUCUUUGCGGACAUUCUAGAUUUUAAGGGUCUGCAGAAGAUCGUCGUCGACCACCGCGUCGAUUGGAUCAUCCACUUUAGUGCGCUGCUCAGUGCCAUCGGCGAGCAGAAUGUCCCGCUGGCGGUGAGAGUCAACAUCGAAGGCUUGCACAAUGUGAUCGAACUGGCCAAACAGUACAAACUGCGGGUGUUCGUGCCGAGCACGAUCGGCGCUUUCGGACCGGAAAGUCCGCGGAAUCCCACCCCCAAUGUGACCAUCCAGCGGCCGAAGACGAUCUACGGUGUGUCCAAGGUGCACGCCGAGCUGAUGGGCGAGUACUACCACCACAAGUUUGGGCUAGACUUCCGCUGUCUGAGGUUCCCGGGUGUGAUCUCCAGUGAUCCUCCAGGCGGUGGCACUACUGAUUACGCGGUGGCCAUCUUCUUCGAAGCGCUUAAAUCGGGCAAGUACGAUUGCUACCUGAAACCGGACACCCGCCUGCCCAUGAUGUACAUCGAGGACUGCCUCCGGUCGUUGCACGAGUUUAUGAUCGCUCCCGAGGAGAAGCUGAAAAGUCGCGUGUACAACGUAACGGCCAUGUCCUUCACACCGGAGGAGCUGGCGAACGAGCUCGCAAACCAUAUUCCAGAGCUGCACGUGAGUUACCGGCCCGACAGCCGCCAGGCCAUUGCCGACUCGUGGCCGCAGGUGUUUGACGAUUCCGAGGCCCGCCGGGACUGGGGCUGGCAGCCAAAGUACGACCUCAAGAAGUUGGUGGAGCUCAUGGUUCACGAUGUGCGGGAAAACUACAUCAACAAGGGGCUAAGCAAUGUUUGAUCGAGGGAGGGUGAAACUGGACGUGUUGGUUUGAAUUUUUAUUACAUAUAUCGCAUACAAUCUCGAAUAAAAGUACAUUGAAAGUUGCA